AUGGAGUCAAAACCCUCAAAUUCUCCUUCAAGCUUAGUCGACGAGCAAGUUUUUCCUGGGGAUGUCGUACUGGACCUCUCUAAAAUGACUAAUCAAACCAUCAAGCUUGGAAGCGGCCUUCGUCAGGAUGGUGAUGCUAUAUCUGCUAUGAAAGCAGGAAAGCUUAGGUUUGCAAAACCAAACAAGUAUUGGGUUGAAAGCUCCCAUAAACGGUAUGUACCUUGCGCCGGGGAUACAGUUCUUGGAAUAGUGGUUGAUUCAAAAGCAGAUAACUUUCUUGUGGAUAUAAAAGGUCCUACAUUAGCGUUUCUGCCAGUGCUUGCUUUUGAAGGUGGAACUCGGAGAAACAUUCCCAAGUUUGAGGUGCAUUCCUAUUUUCACUGA